GUCUUAUUCAACCUAUAUGAGAUAAGUCCUGAUUUUCAGUUGACGAUCUAACCUCAAAUUCGGGCCUCGGCAAAAAGUCUAGCUGUUUCCACGUCCCCCUCAUUUAUCAUGAGGAUCGCCCUCAUGAAACCGGAAGACUAAUUCCUCUUCUUCACAUCAGACAAAUCUCAUUAUCGACUCAAAAUGGCUUCAAAACAUUCUGCAGUCGGUCCAAAAGCCUUGGUCUUAUCAGCCCUCACCAUAGGUCUAGGUAUUUUCCUCGCCCGCCCCAUUAACCGCGUCACAACCGUUCUCGGCUUCUUCCGCACCCCAUCCUCCACCGUAGUCUCUGAUGCAGACUUCAUAACCAUCGACGACACAAUUGUCUGCGAAGACGUGCAUCUUCACUCUGGUUUACUCUACACAGCUUGUGAAGAUUCCUACGCACCGCGGUUCUCGUGGUUUCCUGGUCUGGGCGUUCUGCACGAUCCCCUCACGGCUAGCAAGUCGCGUGGGUCUAUCCACGUCAUAGACCCCAAGACGUUUAAAUCGAAAAGAUUAGAAUUUGAGGGCUUUGAGGGACCUUUUAUUACGCAUGGUAUUGAUGUUAUUGCUGAUCCUGAGGAUAAGGAUGGGGUUUAUAUUUUUGCUGUGAAUCAUGUUCCGAAUCCUGAGUACCUUCAGCAUGUUGUUGAUGGGAAGAAAGAUGAGUUUGGCGGAAACAAAGCUGCUUCUCAGGUUGAGAUCUUCCAUCAUCGUGUUGGAUCUUCUUCAGUUAAGUAUGUCCGAUCAAUCAGUCAUCCUUUGAUCCAGACUCCAAACGACAUUGUUGCUCUGUCCCCGACAAGCUUUUACGUCACGAACGAUCAUCAUUAUCGCGAGGGUCUUAUGCGACAGGUCGAGGAUAUGUACUAUGGUGCAAAAUGGUCAAACACAAUCUAUGUUGAAAUCACCGAUACCACCUCCAAGGAAUCGACAUCAGGAUUCAAUGCUUCCGUCGCUCUGACAGGCCUUCAUAACAACAACGGUCUCGGCCACGGACGAGCUCCCAACGAAAUCGCCAUUGGAAGUGCAGCUAGCGGAGAUAUCCACAUAUCCACCGUCAAACCCGACCAUAGCAUCCAAGUCCUAGAAACAAUCCCAUUCGACGCAGCCGUCGAUAAUCCCUUCUACUACGCUGAUCCAUUCGCUAGUGGAGACAGCGACAGCAGCGGUUAUGUCUCCGCUGGUCUUUCAAAGGCCUGUGAGCUCGCAAACAACAUUGGCAUCGAUACUGCUACUGAACCAGUAAUGGUCUGGCUCGCACAGCGAAAGAAUGGAAAGUGGGAGAAGAAGCUUCUUUUUGAAGACGAUGGAAAGAGAUUGAGGUCUGCGGCUACAGCCGUGUUGAUUGGCAUUGACCCAAAGCUUGAGGGGGUUGAAAUCAUCUCUAUCUCCACUGCCUUGAUGGCAUCGGGUGGUAUCGCAACCCUCACAUUCUUCGACGUGCCAGAGCUUCAAUCUCAGCCUGCUUCUCGGUCUCUACCCUCUAUCCGAUGGCUGUUCAGUCGGGGAUCACACGUAUUCCCAUCAGCCUCACUUCUAUCAACCAUUGGCUUUAUAUACUCUGCAUCCUCUAGUAACUUCCCAGGCACCGGUCCUCUAUACGCUGUCACAACCAACACUGUCAAAGCCAAUACAUUCUUAACCGCUGCGGCUCUAGCAUUUAGCAUCGCGCCGUUUACUCAACUCAUGAUUCCUACAAACUUCACGCUCAUCAAGGAGAAUAAUAAACUUGGUGGGACGAGGAGUGAAAAAGCGUCUGAGUAUGACACAUCCACGGGUCGGAGUGCUUGGGAGUCUGUUAAAGGAACGGAUGAAGGAUUCGAGUUCGCGGACUUAAGCGGUCCUCAGGAACAAACGGAGAGGGAGUCCACGGUAGAGGAAGAUGAAAAGGUCCGUGAGUUGCUGGAGAGGUUCCGGUGGUUGAACCUCGUGAGGGCCGUUCUUAUUGGCGUUGGAGGAGUUGUUGGUCUCUAUGCUGCGACCAGCUAAUGGCUUAUGAACCUUGUUGAAUGAUAGCUAUCUCACUUCGUUCUGAUCUCUCUCAGUUUGCACGGUAUUCUCACGUAUUGUAUGUGCAGGGUCGAGGCGUUAA